ACCAUGAAUAAGUCAGGGGUAUCUACUGUGACACAGUUUGUCUUGGGCUUUCGGAAAAUGCAGAUCAUCUUUUUCUCAAUGAUUCUCUUUGUCUACAUCUUGAUUCUAACUGGGAAUAUGGCCAUCAUUUGUGCCGUGAAGUGGGACCACCGACUCCAUACCCCUAUGUACAUGUUCCUGGCCAACUUCUCCUUCCUAGAGAUGUGGUAUAUGAUCUGCACAGUCCCCAGUAUGAUGGUCAAUUUUCUUUCCAAAACCAAGACCAUUUCCUUCUCUGGUUGCUUCACUCAAUUCUACCUCUUCUUUUCCCUGGGCACAACUGAAUGCUUCUUCCUCUGCAUCAUGGCUUACGAUCACUACCUGGCCAUCUGUCGUCCACUGCACUAUACCUCCAUCAUGACUGGGCAGCUCUGUGCCAGUCUAGUGUUUCUUUGUUGGCUCACUGGUUUCCUGGGACAUUCAAUUCCUAUUUUCUUCAUUUCUCAACUACCUUUUUGAGGUCCCAACAUCGUUGAUCACUUUCUGUGUGAGAUGGACCCACUGAUGGCAUUGUCCUGUGCCCGCUCACCCAUCGUAGAGCAUGUAUUCCAUUCUGUGAGCUCUCUUAUCAUCAUUAUCACCAUUGUGUACAUCCUUGGGUCCUAUACCUUGGUGCUCAGAGCUGUGCUUCAGGUUCCUUCUUCAGCUGGGCAGCAAAAGGCCUUCUCUACCUGUGGAUCCCACUUAAUUGUAGUGUCUCUGUUCUAUGGAGCCAUUAUGGUGAUGUAUGUGAGCCUCACACCUGGCAACUCAGUUGCUAUGCAUAAGAUCAUCACACUGAUAUACUCUGUAGUGACACCAGUCUUAAAUCUCCUCUACAGCCUACACAACAGGGACAUGAAAUUUGCCCUCCAUCAGAUCCUUUGUGGAAUGAGAAUUAUCCAAACCUUAUGA